GCGUCAUCUUACGCGCUGCGCUUCUUGCACGCGACCCGUACGAAAGUAUUCCACGCGACGACCAGGAGCCACUUGCCACUCCACGAAACCUCGACGUCCGGCCUGCUCCGAGCCCACCAGGGCUACCACGACCAACACACCAUCGACGACGAAACUCAGAUUUUCGCCAUCCCCGCCGCGCCCGCCCACCCGCAUCACCGCGUUCGACCUGCGCUCCACCCCGGGCAGGCGACUGGCCGCAGCGCACCAUAUUCUGCGCCGCGCCCAAGGCAUACGCUGGGCCGAGCGAGAAGAACAGUGGGAUAGAGAGCCUGGCGCAUACCGCGGUAGCCGCUCACGCCGGAUGAGUUGGCCGCCGUCGACAGCGGUAGCAGUGCGACCAUGGCGGCGCUCGCUCCUGCUACUAACAACACUGCAGAUCGAAAGCGAGUCAAGGUGUAUGAGCUCAAGAACAACGACUGGUAUGACCGGGGAACGGGCUUCUGUGAGGGCAAAUACCUGAGCGCAAAGGAUGCGCCGCCCGAAGAUUUGGACGCGCGCGUGGUUGUCACCAGCGAGGAAGAGCCCGAGCGCGUGAUACUGGAGACGCGUAUUACCAAGGACGAUGGAUACCAGAAACAGCAGGAAACCCUGAUUGUGUGGACGGAGAGCAAUGGGGUGGACAUGGCUCUAAGUUUCCAAGAGGCGGACGGAUGCGCGCAUCUGUGGCAAUUUGUGAGCGAGACACAAGGGAGACUGGUGCCCGAGGACGGCCUAUCAGACGAUCUAUUGGACACUGGCCACUCAGUGUCGUUGCCGGAGCCCAUCAUUGGCAAGCUUGAAGAUGUGGUCGAGGCAAUCCGAUUGAUUGCAAACACCCCUGCAGGACGAGAUGCACUCAGCAAGUUUGUCAUGAGCCCGGAUCAAAUGUACAUCCUCAAGCUGGCACCGGUCCUGCAGGAACUCGAGGAGAAGGAAGAUGUCAACGAACUGCAUCGUCUGUGCACAAUCAUGAAGAACCUGAUCCUGCUAAACGACACGUCGAUCAUUGAGUUCAUCGUCACAGAUCAAGCCAUUAUGGGUGUUGUUGGCGCUCUCGAGUACGACCCGGACUUCCCAUCACAUCGCGCCAACCACCGACAAUUCUUAUCUGACACCUCGAAAUUCAAAGAGGUGGUAAAGAUCGGUCAUCCCGAGGUGAAGAAGAAGAUACACUACACAUACCGACUUCUCUAUCUCAAGGAUGUGGUGCUUGCACGCAUACUUGACGAUCCCACUUUUUCGGUGCUCAACAGCCUCAUCUUUUUCCAUCAGGUCGAUAUCGUCAACCAUUUGCAGGGGAACUCGAUAUUCCUACAGGAGCUGUUCGGGAUCUUCACAGAUGAUAAGGAGGACCCAGAAAGGAAGAAGCAGGCAUGCCUCUUCAUCCAGAAUUGUUGCGCCGUUUCCAAGAACAUUCAGGCACCUGCGAGGGCACAGCUGUACUCGAACUUCAUACAUCACGGCCUCUUCAAUACCAUUACUUAUGCGCUACGACACCACGACGCAGCAGUGCGGGUCGCAGGCACUGACGUUCUGGUCUCGCUGAUUGACCAUGACUCGCACGUGGUGCGCAACCACAUCAUCAAGGCGAUACACGAAAAGACAGUCCCUCUCACGGACAUCCUGAUAGACCUACUUUUGGUCGAAGUCGAUCUCGGAGUGAAGAGUCAAAUGGCCGACGCGAUUAAGAUUCUCCUCGACCCCAACUCUGCACAAGCGGGAAUGGAAGCUAUGAGUCGAGUGGGAAACUCAGAAAUGUUAGCUAAGCGCGGCAGCCCUAACGGCCAUUCCGGCCACCACUUCUCACCUCAGGCCAGCCAAUUCAUUCAGAACUUCUAUGAUGAUGGUGCAAAGCGUUUGUUCAAGCCACUCAAGGAUCUGGAGGGCCGGGAAUCAAUGCGAAAUCUCACGGUCCAGGAUACAAGCCUCUACACGCACCUCGUCGAAGUUCUCAGCUUUUUCGUCAGACAGCAUGCAUACCAGGCGAAGCUGUUUAUUCUUUCCGAGAAUCUUCAUUCUCGCAUAGCGCAAUUACUGGAAUGCCCACAGAAACACAUGAAGCUCAUCGCGUUGAAGUGGUUCCGCACAUGUAUUGGACUGCAGGACGAGUUUCACAACAGGCAACUUACUCACAACAAGCUGUUUGAGCCCAUUCUCAACAUUGUGUACGAGACCAUGCCCAGAGACAAUCUGCUCAACAGCUGCUGCUUGGAGCUCUUCGAGCUCAUUAAACGUGAAAGUAUCAAGCAGAUCAUCUAUCACCUCGCAGAGACCUACAGAGACCGGCUCAUGGGAAUCACAUACGUCAAUACCUUCCAGGGGAUCGUGCAGAAGUUUGAUCAAUAUCAAAAUCCAUACAUGCCAAAUGGAGGGGAAGGCGAUACUAGCUUCACGACCGAACCCGACACGCCUGAUGCGCUACGAGGUCGCAUGCUCAAUGGAAGACAGACAUUCAGCGGACUCAAAGAGGAUGCAGACGAGGACGCAUAUUUCAACACCGACGAUGACCUGGAUGGCGAGUUUGGCGAGGAUGAGGACGGAGAUUUGCCGUCUCAUGCCACGAUGGCACGAAUCGAUGCGGUCAUGUCUAACGGACAUACCAUUCGCACUACACACGCAGGCCCUAUGAAGGCGCUCGUGGACUACCCCGACGACGAUGACGAUGAAGACAUUGAUCUCCUCGCCAGCUCUCCUGAUACGUUGAAAGAGAAGAAGAGCAGUAGCGAAACGACAGUCGCCGACAGUUUGCCCUCUACUGAUUCGCCUGAUGGUCAACACGAACGAGGUAGGAACCGGGAUGCACGAGCUCAAGAUUCGCCGCCUGAAUCGAUGGCCAUGAAGAGGAGGCGAGCUGAUGUUGAUGAUGACGAUGAGCUAGGCAAGCUGAUGGGCAGUGGGAAGCGGCGCAACAGUUCUGCCUCGCUCAACAGCGUCAAGGGCAGCGCGUCGCCUGUACAGGCGAAUGCAGCCAGUAUGUUGAGUCUAGCCACAGACAGGGAUUCCGAUUCAGAAGACCAGGAAGCGCCAGUGAGUCCGAAAAGCCAGCCAGCAACGCUGGUGACGGACCCAGAUGCGCCUGCUGGGCCGAAGCUUAAAAGAAAGGGCAGUCUGAAGGUGAAGAACGAAAGCACCUUGAAUCAGGAGCGAUACGCCAUCAAGCCGGUCGACAUCAACCACGGCAGGGACGGGCCAGGGGAUGAAAAGAGUAGCAGAGGCGCUUGUGGCUAGGCGGGAGGGAGGACACGGAACCAACGCACGAACCCCGUCUGCCGCGCUUGGCGUCUUGCAGCCGCUGCUGUGCGAGCUGAACGACCUGGGUGAACGGACUAGCUCCAGCCGGUCCUGCCAGUAUCCCACCAGCACGACCGCAGGCCACUUUUUAUUUUCUUUUGGAACUGGGGCCAUGGUGAUGACCCCUGUUUGUUGCAGAGGCUGUCAUCGACUCGGCGUUCUUGGCUGUUCUGAAAGAGAAAUGGAGCUGCCUGCGCAGCGUGGCGCUAUAGAUGUGCGAGCCUUUGCUGCUUGCUCGCUCGCUGGCGUACGGACGCUUCUGCGUGCGAUGAUGAUGUUGUAGCGUUUCUUGAGGGGUUGCGUGCGUGGGUGCGUGGGUGCGUGGACAUGAGCGGCAUUUUUGUGGUCUGUUUUGAGUGUUUUUUCUUUUUUCUUUUUUGCCAAAGAGAAGAAGAAAAAAAAAGAGAAAAGCUGCGGCCACCGUUCCAAGUACUUAUAAGCAGAGAGUAUCAAAUACUCCCCGACCUAGGGUUUAUGAAAGCAUAUCUUUGUACAAGUUGUAUCAUAGCUCUAGCAAGAGAACGAGAGAUCCGUGAAUGAUGAUGGGACGCGCGCGCAAGCCCGCUUUUUGGACGGCUUUAAUGGGUUCUGUCUUGUCGAAUGAAGAAGCC